UAUUCGCGCUCGAAACAGCAAGUCGUCCAAAGUCUGAAACAGUCAGUCUUGGUUUAAUUAUUGUCGCGAAUCGUUUGUUGGCGUAGUAUUUUCGAACAUGGAAAAAGAGAGCAAUGCAGUUAAUCACUGAUGAUCGUUGAGUGUUGAUGUUCAUAAACUGCAUAAUUGCAGCAAAUUAAAAAUAACUAAACUGUAAACAUUCGAAACAAAAACAAUUUAGAGGUGAAGAAAUAAAUGUGACUUAUACUUUAUUAACAUGUCAAUGGAUAGUUUUGGUUCUUUAGGAAGACGAAGCAGAAAAGCUAGUAGAACUGAUAGUGAAUUGGGUUGCGAAGAAGCAGCGCGUCUCACAGUUGAAUUGCAAGAUGGAGACAUACAAGAAGAGGAAGAUGAAAUUAAUUACAACGAGCUUCCGCCUCCACCAGAUGGCGGUUAUGGAUGGGUUAUAGUUAUUGCAAGUUUUUUAUGCAACAUGAUUGUUGAUGGUAUUGCUUACACAUUUGGUGUAUUUCUCGAUAACAUCGUAAAAGAUUUCAAAGAGAAUGGACCUGGAAAAGUCGCAUUGGUUGGAAGUCUAUUAAGUGGAAUGUAUUUGACAGCAGGUCCAGUAGUAUCAGCACUUGCAAAUAGAUUUGGCUGUCGUGCAGUUUGUAUAGCGGGAAGCAUACUUGCAAGUGUAGCCUUUGUUCUAAGCACUUUCAGUCAAAGUGUCGAAAUGCUGAUGAUAACUUAUGGUGUGUGUGGUGGUGUAGGUUUUGGAAUGAUUUAUCUACCAGCGGUUGUUGCUGUUGGUUACUACUUUGAAAAGAAAAGAUCACUAGCGACAGGAAUUGCUGUUUGUGGAUCGGGUUUUGGAACUUUUAUAUUUGCACCACUGGCAACAUAUUUGUUAGAAAAAUUUGAAGGUUGGCGUGGUGCUAACCUUGUGCUUGCCGGAAUUAUCUUAAGCUGUGCAAUGUUUGGAGCUUUAAUGCGCCCGCUAACUUAUCCAAAAAAAAGCAAAGAGAAACCUUUAAUGCAAAGAAUGUAUGAAGAAAAAAGACUACAAAUGGAAAGAGGGUCAAUUACAGGUUCAUAUUUUACUGUUACAAUGCCUGAUGGAACCACAAAACAACGCCUUAAAACUCCUUUGAAUGCUGAUCCGGGUGUACAUUCAAGCUUAGCGCUUGACGAGAUUGCACAGGGUCAAAUCCCACCAGUAGCAACUCUUCCGACAAUAAACGAAACGAAAGCACAAGAAAGUAAUGACAGCAAGAAAAUCACAAAUGAUUCAAAUCAAACAGGUGAAACUAAACCAAGGCAAAGGCAUACAAUCUCUGAAUCUGAUGCUGGUGAUACUCUCACUGUUGAUGAAAAAAAUAUUCCACGUAAUGCUAGUCAACCAGUUUUCUCGUCUCAAUCAGCAGGCAUUCCGAAAAAUGGUUCAGUUCCAUCGUUUAAUCGCACUCGCAAAUCGUCUGAAAAUGCUCGUUAUCAGCCAUCAUUGGGAACUAUUAAGGCAUCAUCUAGAGGAAACGUUGGUAGUAAUGGUGAUGUACGUAACGUAUCUGAUCGAAAUUCCAGAGGAUCUAUCGGCAGCAAAUAUUCUGAAGAAUUCGAAUUCACUUCAAAAUCAUCAUUGAAUCAAAAGGCCCAAAUGGUUCCGCCUUUAAUGAGAAAGGAUAUUUUUUACUCUGGUUCAGUGACGAACCUUAAAGAGUAUCAAUCACAGAAAUCACUCACAGAUUACAGAAAUUCAGUGAUUUCCCUAACAAGAUUUGAGAAGGAACAUCGAAGUGAUGUACCAAGAUAUACAGAAGAAGAGUCUUCAGAUAUAUGUCCAUGCUUAUAUUUACCACCAUCAUUCAAAGCUGCAUUAUCAUCGAUGUUAGAUGUUUCAUUGCUCAAAGAUCCAGCCUUCAUGUUAAUUGGAAUUUCAAAUUUAUUCGGUAUGGCUGCACUUUAUAUUCCAUUUUUCUAUCUUGUCGACUAUGCCAGUAAAAAUGGAAUUGACAAAGAAAAUUCAUCAUUAUUAUUAUCUAUUAUUGGAAUAACCAACACGUUCGCACGUAUCCUUUUUGGAUAUAUAUCAGAUUUUCCAUCUGUUGAUUCGUUAUUCAUGAACAACUUAUGUUUAGUCUUGUGUACUGUUUCGGUUGGGUUGACACCUUUCUGUUCUUCGUUUACAAGCUUCGUUAUUAUGUCUCUGUUCUUUGGACUUGCGAUUGCUGGUUAUAUUUCUCUGACAUCAAUUAUUCUCGUUGACCUCCUUGGACUUGAGAAGUUAACAAAUGCCUUUGGCUUACUUAUCCUUUUCCGUGGUGUUGCAGCAAUUAUUGGAACUCCUUUUGCUGGCGCUCUAUUUACUCUUACUGGCACUUAUGAUCUACCAUUCUUUGUCGCUGGAGGUUUGUUUGGGCUGUCAGCAUUGUCUAGCUUCUUAGCUCCAGUAGCCGCAAGAUGCAAGAAACAGCCUGAAAGUCUUGUUCAUGUAGAAGUGCUUACUCCGAUUGAAGAGAAUGAUGAAGACGAAGAUGAUGAUAAUGAUCAACCCAUAACAAUGAUUCCGAAAAUCUUUCAAACUGCUCCAUCACCGACUGUAGAAAGAUCUCAAGAAAUGAAGGAAGAUGAGAAAAAUAACGGGAAAUCGAAGGAGCUUAGCCAGAUGGAGUCUGUGUUGUAGAACUCAUUGCUUUACCAGCAUUUAAAAUAUAAAAGUUAGGUAACUCAUAAUUGCCGUAUGUAGUUUGAUGGUGGAAUUUUCCUCAAAAAAAACACAGAGUAUCAUUAGAAUCUUCAUUUUAAUUAAAUUUUGUUUGCUUAAAAAACAUAUAAAUAAAUAUAUGAAUGUUUUAUUUUCAGUUAUUUAAGAUAAUUAAUUAUAAGUAAAUAACUAAUGAAUAAAGAAAUUUUUUGAUUUAUUUCUGUUAAAUACUAUUUUAAAAUGUUUCAAAAUACAAAAUUGAGGAUACAAAACUUAGUACUUUGCAAUAAACAGGCUAAUUUUUGCUUUGCUCACCGACAA